CUGGCUCACUCCUGAAAACAUGUGGCUCUCAACAAGCGGUGUGUUGCUGGAUGUGACAGUUCUGGUUCAUAUGUUAUGCCUUAUCAAUGGUCAAUAUCAAGUGACCAUAUUUCCGGACUUCGUCAUCAAAGGAGGAAGGAAGAUGUUUGAUCCUGAUCGCUGGAAUGGCAAGAUGGGGUUUGAUAAACCCAGUAUCAUCCAGUACGUGAAGAAAACCGGUGCAAGGUGUGGCCGCUGGAACAAAGGCGAUUCGGAUGUCUUUGGGAAGGCACCAGAGGACCCUCACCGGAAGGGCUAUGCCGAUCCAGCUUACUUCCGGAAUGCACAGGUUCAGCAGAGUAUAGUUUCUGGGUAUACAGACAACAGAGAUGGAUACGGACGCGCCCCUGGGAGGGAAAUCAUGAUGGAUCUUAAUGCCAGAACCUGGCCACACUGGAUGGACACAUCUCAACACAAAGGCCACUUCCCUAACAACAUAGAUGCUGCUGCUGACAUGGCUACUAUGCUGCUGAAGGCCGUCCAUGAUGGAACCAAGGGGGACGAGCCACCAUAUUUUGAACCUAUCAACGAAGUCGACGGUAUGUGGAAGUACAACGUUAACUGGACACAAAUUACUACCUACCACAAGUCCGUCAAUGCAAAAGUCAAGGCCAUUUUACCACAUGUGAAAGUUGGAGGUCCGGCAUAUUCUGGUGGCAUUGCGGGUUUGGACAAACACGACUUCAAGGUCUGGGGAAAUCUCAUGGAGUUUAUGGACAUGGCUCUCAAGCACCUUGACUUCAUCUCAUUUCAUCCUUUCAGUCAUAUGCAAAUCACAGGACAAUCAUAUUCCUUCCAGGGUCCUACUGAAGGUCGCUUUGUGGGGAUAAUAGAUCUAAUUGAAAGUUAUGCCCAUUUGAAAACUGGCAAGGAUAUUCCCAUCAUGAGCUCAGCCUAUGGUUUGGGCGGAAUAUCAGGAGUAGACAUGCAGAAGCCUAACGCACUGAUCGAUUAUGGAUAUGUCUACCUACAGAAUGCAGAAAUGUUUACAAUGCUGAAUCAUCGUGGUGUUGUCGACAGAGCUGUGGUUUUCGACACCGGAUAUAGAGACGUUUUCGGACAAAGCAGCAUUGCUCACAGUCUCCUUGACAAAAACAACCACGAGAGGGCCCCAGCUGAGGCGUUCCACUUCUGGCAGGUGCUUUCAAAUCGAAUGACGUAUCUCAGAACAGAUAGUCAGUACCAUGGAGCUGAGAGAGACGUGGCAUCUCACGCUUUGGUGGAUCAAACUUCUAAAACUGUGGUACUUCUCCUGCACAACUUUGACAAGCAGCAGACAAAGGUCAAGGUUCAGUUCGGUCAUAGAUGGAUGAAUCCGUCCUCUGCAAUCAUGUCUUGUGUCCACUUGAACGCCCAAAAGGUUACCGUACGAGACAAGGAAUCAACGGUUCAUCUCAACAACGGUGUCGUCACUCUUCCCACUGAAGCAAGCUGCUAUUUCAAGUUCCACUCUGCCUACGACUUUGCUCACAGCAAGACCAUCACAGAAACUGUUUACUAUGGGCCAGAUGUUGCUAAGCCAAUACACCAAAACGUUGUCACCACAAACAUCAAUGUGGGCCAUGUGAGCAAUGUCCAGUACGCGUAUCUACGAGUCUGCAUCAGCCUCAGUGACAAGAGCGGUAAUCCUAAACCAACAUCGGUACAGCUCAACGGCAAAUCUCUCACUUCCUAUUACUCCCUUCACCAGCAAAACGAGAGCAAUUACGAAACAACAUGGAUGACGACACAAUAUCUAGUUCCGGGCUCAUACCUCAAGCAGAACCAAAAUGAAGUUAAGCUCCAUUUUGCCAAAACAGGGGGGCGAGUGAUAAGUGUCGUUGCUGUUGUUGGAAGUUACUAAAUAAGCACUUCUUACUUGUACAUUUGCGUCCAUAAAGAAUGCAAUGCACUGAA